UGGGGAAUCCCAGGAGGAGAGUGGUACCAGGCCGUUCCUCACAAUCUCUGCCUUUUAACAAAUCUAAAAAUGCCACCAUCUUGGGUAAAUCACCCCCUCUAAAAAAAAACAAAUAACUGUGUGAAGAUCUUUAGCUAUGCCUGUGAUAUGUGGGAUUUUCCAGCUGGACAUUGAGGGAAAGGAAAAACAGAAUUCCAGGUCAGCACUGGCCUGUGUCUCACCCUGCCUCUGUGAUGCCAUCACAACCACACUCCAAAAUCAGAUCAUACCUGCCUGGAGGUACAGGUGGAUAUCCUGCAUCCUUCAUGCUGAAAUUGUUGUGGAAAUCAUCACCAGGUGGUGCUGAGUGGAGGAGUUUCCCCCCUCAGUGUAGGGAAGGAAAGGGAGGCACGUGUGGAGCUCUCCAUCCCUGUGGUGAAAUAUUCCUCACUCCUCAGCAGGGCCUGUGCUUGGAAUAGAAGGGGUUGCUGUCCCCAAGAAAGGCCCUGUGACCUUUUCUUGUCACAAAAAAGGGCAGGUUUGUGGCUGGAAGUCAAAAUGAGCUGCUAAGGGUGAUCUGCAGAGCCCCUGUGGGCUUUUCCUCACUCACAGAGGUUUUGCCUCCAAGCUGCAGAUGGAGAUGGGAAUAAUGUGAGGUGCUCCCACAGACCUUGCCUCCCCAAUCAAAUCUCUUUUGUUAAACAGUCUGUGUCUAAAUAAAUAAAAAAAAAAAAAUUAAUAAAAAAGAACUGUCAGAAGUUAGCCCAAAAAAAAAAAAUACUCCAAACCUACAGGAUUUUGCAGUCUGAGAGGGAACACAGGGUGUGGGGGCUGUGAGGGACAGGGCAGGGUGGUGUCACACCAGUGUGCCCUGCAGUCCCAGGCAGCCAGGCCAGCAGUGACACCGUGCAGGAGUAAGGCUUUGGAGUGCCAGGAACAGAGGCACUCCACAGGAAGGAUUCAGGGAUGCUGAGCUGGUUUUGAGCUCCCACCCAGGCUGGCUGUGAAGAAAUGGAAGGGCAGUGAAGAAGAUUCUUUUGGCUGUAAAGAUGAAGACUCUACUUUUUCUGGUGCUGAUCUCUGCCUGUUGGGCUGAACCUCACCCUGGCAACUCCAGUCUGGAGCAUGAAAGAAUUGUUCACAUUCAAGAAAACGGGCCCCGCCUCCUCGUGGUAGCAGAGCAAGCCAAAAUCUUCUCCCACCGCGGCGGCAACGUGACACUGCCAUGCAAAUUCUACCACGAGCACACCUCCACCGCCGGCUCAGGAACCCACAAAAUCCGCGUCAAGUGGACCAAACUCACCUACGAUUACCUCAAGGAAGUGGACGUGUUCGUGGCCAUGGGGCACCACAGGAAGAGCUACGGGAGCUACCAGGGCAGGGUGUCCCUGCGGGAGAGCAGCGAGAACGACGCCUCGCUCGUCAUCACCAACAUCAGGCUGGAGGACUACGGCAGGUACAAGUGCGAGGUGAUCGAAGGGCUGGAGGAUGACACGGCAGUGGUGACCCUCAAUUUGGAAGGUGUGGUGUUCCCCUACUCCCCGCGGCUGGGGCGGUACAACCUGAACUUCCACGAGGCGCAGCGGGCGUGCGCGGAGCAGGACUCGGUGAUGGCCUCCUUUGACCAGCUCUACGACGCCUGGAGGUCGGGGCUGGACUGGUGCAACGCCGGCUGGCUCAGCGAUGGCUCCGUGCAGUACCCCAUCACCAAGCCCAGGGAGCCCUGUGGGGGCAGGAACACCGUGCCCGGAGUCAGGAACUACGGGUUCUGGGACAAGGACAAGAGCCGCUACGACGUCUUCUGCUUCACGUCCAACUUCAACGGUCGCUUCUACUACCUGAUCCACCCCACCAAGCUGACCUACGACGAGGCCGUGCAAGCCUGCCUGAAGGACGGCUCCCAGAUCGCCAAGGUGGGGCAGAUCUUCGCGGCCUGGAAGCUGCUGGGCUACGACCGCUGCGACGCGGGCUGGCUGGCGGACGGCAGCGUGCGCUACCCCAUCUCCCGGCCGCGGAAGCGCUGCAGCCCCAGCGAGGCCGCCGUGCGCUUCGUCGGCUUCCCCGACAAGAAGCACAAGCUGUACGGUGUCUACUGCUUCAGGGCCUACAACUGAGAGGGUGUACCUAGAGCGUGAAAGUUGUUGUUGGGGGUUUUUUUUGGUGUUUUUUGUUAAACGUGUGAAAAAUGUCUUUUUUUGGGUUUUUUUGGGGUUUUUUUUUUUUUUGGUAUGAACUCAUGCAAGCUACCAAAACUGUGAUAAACCUCUUUUACUUACUGUAAAGAGUAAUUUUCGUAGACACUCCCUCCCCCAGACCCAUUGGUUUGGUUUGGUUUUGUUUUAGUGUUUUGCUUUUUUGUUUUGUUUUGGGGUUUUUUUGUUUGUUUUUUUUUUUUUUUGUGAAAAUAUCAUUCCAUAGAUAUUUUAAAUUAAUAUAAUUUAAUGGGAGCUCUAGGUAAGAAACUUUUAGAUUCAAAUUCUUUAAGCUAUGUCAUCCCAAAAAAUUUAUAAUUUUUGUGAAUGGGGCAUGCAAUAGAGCUUGACAAUUGCUAGGGCACAAUUAUGGAGUGUAAGGCUACUCAAAGCAGAAGCUUUUAAAAGCACAGAUUUUACAUAUUUGUACCAGUUUGAGAAACACUGCAAAUUGAUUAUGACAGGAAUUUUAAAAUAAAACAAUCUUUUUGUUAAAGGGGAUCAGUGAGGUUUCGCAAAGAAAUCUCACAACAAUAUAUGUUAGCAAAUAACUGUUUUCACUGGUUCACAUGGGAACAACAGAGAGUUUAAUAAAAGCAGCUAAAACGGUCCUCAAAAAUAGGACUAGUUUUACAGUUUCAAACCUUGCCUUUCUGAAAAAUAAGCUCAUGGUCCCAUGCAUAGGAAGAAGCACAAUUAGUUCUCCUGAACAUUUCAAUUGUGUUUUUGUUGAGUAUAAAUCAUUGAGUGAAUAAGUAACUAAUGAGAAAACUGUUCUUUUCUUCUUCUCUCCAAUUAAAGAUGCCUGAGAAGUGUUGUAUUACCUUUGAGUAGCUUUACUGAGCUAUUUUUAAACUCUUAAAGGCCAUUUGCUAAGCAGCAUAAUAGCAUCUACUCAGGGCAGUUGUAUAAAUGAACUGCUGGACAGAGAAAUUGUAAACUUUAGCAGCUUGAUUUUACAUUAGCCUUUGAAAUGUUAUUGUCUUAAUUAAAGAACAUUACAGUAUUUAAUAUUUCUUAGCUAUUUACACAUCACAAGAAAAAAAAUUAGAAAAAAAAUAUUUAAAAUGGUGAAGUCUUAAACAAAGAGUAUUAGACAAAAUCUGAAACCAGCCAUUAAGUUUUAGAAGAGAAAAACAGAAAAAAAAAUUCAUUUCCUUACAUGUUAUUUGUAUCUAAAAAGUGCAUCUGUUUUUUAAACUAUCAGUGAAAUAACAUAGUAUCGUUAGCCCUGAAAUAUUUAGUUAGUCCUCCUUAGAGUUAAGAGAAAAUAAAGCUAUUGAAAUACUUAUUUUCACUAAAUCUGCAGUGGUCUAGGUGGAAGAUGUUUACCUAAAUCUGCCAGUGUCAGAGACAAACACGCACUGUGCAUGGUGCCUAGGAUUUUCAGAGCUGCCUAAAGCACUAGGUCCUCCCUAAGUACCAGUUUGAGGGAAUUUGGGAUUUCUAAUGCAAACUCACUUUGGAUGCAGCAAUUCUUGGUGCUCAUCUUCAGCUACCUUAAUGAAACCAGUUUUUCAGAGAGCAGGUGCUCAAGGCUUUCUGAAAAUUUACUCCACUCAUGGUGUCUCAAGCUGGAUAUCCAAAAAAAAAAAUAAAAGGCAGAGAGGCCACUGAUUAAAAAUAUCUUGGUCUCGGGUAAUCUCUUCAGCAUUUUUCGAUGUUCUCUAUCCAGUAUUGGUUCUACCACUUAAAAAUGGAGAACUCUUUUUCCUACUCCACGCUUGCUGACUACGAAGAACUCAGAGGACCAACAUUUGUAUUUACGCAAAGUUUUAUAGCUGCCCACUGUUUCCAUAAUUUAAACGAGGUAUAGUGGUAUUUAUCCAACUAGGACACAACCUGUAUGCUUUCAUGGAUCGUUUGGUGUAGCUAUUUUCCCGUGGACGUGAGUAAAUAAAUCUCUUUCCCAGAGUGGUUGUGGUCCUGUUUUAAGAUUCUGUGAGCAAACAAGGGACAAGAUAUGGAAAGGGGCUGUAGAGUAAGGUGUAUUUUAAUGGAGUUCAUUCCCACUGAACUCAGAGGCAAAUUUCCAUCCUUCUGGGGAUAUUUGCGUCCUCUGUGGAUAUCUGAUCAUAUUUUACAGAUGGAGCAAUCUCAGUGCCAAACCCCCUCCUUUUUUUUAAUCCACCAGGAAUUGGAUUUUUUCAAAAUGGUAUCCCUUAGCUAUAAAUGGAGACACUACAGGUCGAGUCCCUGAAACCAUGCAACCCUUUUUGAACAGCCAUUUUUUUUAAAUCGGUGCCCAUUUCACACAUUUUCUCAGGCCAUUCAGAGCCUCCUCUGAAACCUUUGGAGGAAAAAAAUGGAAAUGGAAGUAGAAAUGUUAAAUACCCAACCAGGAAAAGGAGUGGGGUAUGCAAGAGUGGACCAUGAUCAAGAGGAAUAAGUCAUUCCUCCAUCCAACCUUCAGAAAAUUUGAAAAAAUGCAAAGUGUUCUGCAGUCUUUCUUCUGAAGUUUGGACAGGGAGGUUGUGGGGUGGGAAAAGCUGUAGAGAAUAUCCAAGUAAAUACCACAGCUAGAUCCAGAGUUGCUGUAAAGAGGGGAGCCUUACGUAGCUGGCUCUACCCUCCCCAAAGAUCUGCUACAUCUGGAGGAGGCUGAAUGUUUUUCUUAUUGCACAGAGGUGAAGAGACCCUCAUGAAUUUUUUUUUUGUACCUCUCCAAAGAAACCCCCAGGGUUUCACCCAGACACAUCUUUUCUUUUUUUAGUUUUUCUUUUGUUUUGGUUUGGUGGUUUUUUUUGCAGGAAUGGGGAUUAUAUUUUGCCUGCAUUAAAAAAAAAAAAUGUACACAUCCAACCCACUCGUGGGGCUGGCUGAAGUGCCCUCACUGCUAGACCAAAGGCACUGCGAGAAAGGCCAAGCUCAGCCUUUCACCAACUUUGCAACGCUCUGGAGAUGGCUGGUCAGGUCCUAAAUCACAGCAAUCUCAGGCUUGCUCUUAUUUUUGCCUUCUGUGUCCAAAUCUUCCCCGGGCCAUCCACGGUCCGGGCGUAGCAUCCCCCGACCCUCCCCUGCUUCCAGCAUCCCCCAAAAUCCCAGCACAACCCCAGGACGGUGGCUGAGCAGGCUCUGCACCACCCACCCAGGGGACUCCCCCUGUCUUGGCAGCACGAGGAGGGCAACGAGGGGUCAGGGUGUCCAGAGGGACGCCGAGCUGGCGUGAAUGGCCGAAUUUUACCAAAACCGCGCGGUUUUGCCGCCUGUGAGUUCGCGCGGGAGACGCCGCUUGCUUGGGGUCGUAAUUUCACGUGUGGAAUCACAGGGUGUGGCCUCACACCCGCCCUGUUGCCCACCAGGAGCUCGGUAGUCCAAUUUGGGAUCAGGCUGGAUUUAGGUCUGUGUACCAAAAUACAAUGUUACAUGCUAUUAGAACAGCUAAUCUGAUAGUCCGGUGAAAAUGCGUUUGUACGGAACAAAAAAAAAUAAGUGUGUAAAAAAAAAAUUAGUUCUAAUGUAAAGAGGUAUAAAAACCAUAUGAAAUGUGUAUGAUUACCUGAGAACUGGGCACAAAUAGACAAAAAGACACGAAUUGUAUUUAUUUUUACAGCUAAUGACUCCAUCUCCUUUUGUAAUGUCGAAUGUCAGGAUGUUUUCGUAUUUUCAACUAAGCUAGCUAGGUGCUUGAAUAAAAACUUUGAAAAGCAGCUUAAUAACUGGAUUAAAGCCUGUGCUAUUUUCUGUUCAUGAGAGAAUAUUGUUAGCGUCAUGUUCUCUGUCAUUAUCUUCUAUUUCACAAUGUAUCAGAAUUUUAAUGCCCAUGAAUUA